CUCACGCGACUAAUAGAAUUUGUUUUCCCCGGCUGUCAUGGCUUCCGCGGAAGGAGAGGUGCCUUUGAAUCCACCUGAGGACCCCGCUCUGCUGAGGGACUCCUUCGAAGAGCCGGUCGGAGAGGUCUUGAGAGGUUCCCUGCGUUCGCUGCCUCGGUUGAUUGGGCAGCUUAACCUAGAAGAAGAUGUGGUGAAAAUUAACAUAAACUGGAACAAACUUCAAGGCAUGUCACUACCCCAGCCCACGUUGCUCUUUACUGCUCUUCAGCAACAUAUUUCCUCUUUACAGCCCUUUAUGGAAAAACUUCAGCCUUUGAUUAAAGAAGAAAAUACUACACCCAUUUAUAAUUUCAGAAAGACAGAACAUGGACAUUUUGAGAGUAAUUCAGAUGUAAUAGAUAAAGACAUACAGAAGGAAGUGAAGCAUACAGCCAGUGGCUCUGCAAAUCUGAAAGAGGCUCAUUUUGGUUUUGACCCAGAAGUAGUUCAGAUAAAAGCUGGGAAAGCUGAAAUUGAAAGACGAAUAUCGGCCUUCAUUGAAAGGAAACAAGCUGAGAUCAAUGAAAAUAAUGUCAGAGAAUUUUGCAAUGUUAUGGAUUGUAAUCAAGAAAACAGCUGUGCUAGAACUGAUGCAGUGUUUACACCUUACCCAGGAUUCAAAAGUCAUGUGAAGGUUUCUCGAGUUAUAAAUACUUAUGGCCCUCAGACCAGAAAUGAAGAUGCUCAAGUUUCCAGCCAUAAAGCUAAUACUCAGUCUCAUGAUUGUGGAAAUAAAGCAAUAGAAGAGAGACUACAGAACAUUGAAGCUCAUUUAAGGUUACAAACAGGUGGACCAGUGCCAAAAGAUAUUUAUCAGAGGAUAAAAAAGCUUGAAGAUAAAAUUCUUGAAUUGGAAGGGAUGUCUCCUGAAUAUUUUCAGUCUGUGAAUUUGUCUACGAAAAGAAGGAAAAUUCAACAAAAUCAAAACUAUACUCUGGCUGAACUUGAUGAGAAGAUCAAUGCACUCAAGCAAACAUUGCUGAGAAAAACAAAUGAAGGGAGGCCCAAAGUGGUAAAUCAGUUUCUUUGAUUAUGGCAAUAAGACUUCAUUAUACUUUCAUGCAUAUUUAACUUUUUUAGACUGAGUAAUGUUUAUCUAGCUUUUAUGGUAGAAACUAAACAUGCACAUGAAUUUAUCUAAUUCUUACUGGAAACUUGGAUUAAGUAAACUUGGUUACUUCUCCAGACUGAGAAUGAAGAACGUUUUGGAAAUAGCAUUAUAAAUAUCUCUUCUGCAUUACUGAAAAGGAGGAUCUGUAGAAUUUUUAAUAAAAAAAUAAAAUAUUUUGUUUUCAAGUUUUGUGUUUUAUGCUGAUGGAGCAAACAAAUUUCUGUUGAAAUAUAAUUCUGGCAAGGAGUGUUAAUGAAAAUGUGACUGUUUA